AAGUAUUGAGGUUUCUUUCUGGUAAAGCAAGCCAUCAUCCAAGAUCCCUACCAUGAGCACCAAGGGUGGUUCACUGAAAGGUUUGUUGCUGGUGACCCUGCUGGUGUCCCACAUGCUUCUGACAAAGGAAGGAGUGACCUCUUUGCCCAUCUGCCCCAAUGGAUCUGUCAAUUGCCAACUUUCCCUUGAGGAACUUUUUGACCGAGCAGUUAAACUUUCACACUACAUCCACUUCCUCUCUUCGGAAAUGUUCAAUGAAUUUGAUGAACGCUACGCCCAGGGCCGGGGUUUCAUUGCAAAAGCUGUCAAUAGCUGCCACACUGCAUCUUUAACCACUCCUGAAGAUAAGGAACAGGCUCAGCAGAUUCAUCAUGAAGACCUACUGAAUAUAAUACUGGGAGUUCUGCGUUCCUGGAAUGAUCCUCUGAUCCACCUGGCCUCUGAAGUACAAAGAAUCAAAGAAGCUCCAGAAACCAUUCUCUGGAAGGCUGUGGAGAUUGAAGAACAAAACAAACGACUUCUAGAAGGAAUGGAGAAAAUAGUUGGGCGAGUUCAGUCUGGGGAGGUCGAAAAUGACAUUUACACUCCUUGGGACGGACUUCCAUCGCUGCAGCUUGCUGAUGAGGACUCCAGACUCUUUGCCUUUUACAACCUGCUGCACUGCCUCCGCCGAGAUUCCCACAAAAUUGACAACUAUCUCAAGGUUUUGAAGUGCCGCCUAAUCCACGACAACAACUGUUGAGUACUCAUGGGCCUAAUCACGUACUGAAAUCAUUCAUCAUGUGUUCUUGAUGCUUUACCACUUUAUGAAAAUCACACACUGUGCAGUACCUGUAUCAUGUGUAACUUUCAGGCAUGUUUGUAUGAAUUCUGGUUGCAAAAAUUAGCAUCACAUGUGUCGGUGCUUUAAAAUAUUACCAACCAUUUGUAUGACAAGAAUACAAUUUUCUCUCUAAUCUCCUCCCCUAGUAGCUUUUCAGUGAUAAACAGGUCAUGCAGAUACAAAUAAAAGUGUUCAUAAAUCCAAAA